AUGAAUCCAGCACCGCAAGAUCCAAGCAGCAUGUAUUAUUCACCCCAGGCGCACAUGUCGGGCUCGACAGCACCUCCCGUCACCUCGUCCAUGGCGCAUUACCCUCCACCACAACCACCUCUGCUUCCACCCGGUCCGGCGCAAUACUCGGCUUCUCCCCACCCCUACUCUCAGUACGGCUAUGCAAAUGGCCUCACCUCGCCGCCAGCGGCUCCCGUCCCCGCUGGCAUGCCGCCCAACGUCCUCCCUCUCCCUGGACAGCCAGGCAUGCCAAGCCAGUACAACGGGUUUGACACCACCGGUCAGGUCGCCCCUCCUGGCAUGAAGCCCCGGGUGACAGCGACCCUGUGGGAGGAUGAAGGCAGUCUCUGCUUCCAAGUGGAGGCUAGAGGAAUCUGCGUAGCGCGGAGAGAAGACAACCACAUGAUCAACGGUACUAAAUUGCUCAAUGUCGCGGGUAUGACCCGAGGAAGGCGUGACGGUAUCUUGAAGAGCGAGAAGGUUCGACACGUGGUCAAGAUUGGCCCGAUGCACCUGAAGGGCGUCUGGAUUCCUUUUGAAAGGGCCCUGGACUUUGCCAACAAGGAGAAGAUCACUGAGCUGCUCUACCCCUUGUUCGUGCACAACAUCGGCGCCCUUCUCUACCACCCGACCAACCAGACCCGAACCUCGCAGGUCAUGCAGGCUGCGGAGCGUCGUAAGGCGGAGCAGACGCAGAUGCGAAACGGCCAGCCUCCCCUGCCCUCCCUCCAGCAGCACCACCACCAUCACUCCAUGGGCCUGCCAGGCCCGCAACCGCCACUACCUUCCCACCGGCCCUCGCUCGACCGCGCGCAUACGUUUCCUACGCCUCCCACCAGUGCCUCGAGCGUGAUGGGCAACAUGGGGGCUGAUAACUACCAAUGGCCACAGCAGCAAGGCAUGAAUGGGGCUCAAGGUACUAAUCCCAUGUCCAUUGACACCAGUAUCAGCAACACACGCUCAAUGCCUGCCACUCCAGCCACCACACCCCCUGGAAGCAGCAUCCAGAGCAUGUCUGCUUACCCCCCAGCGUCCCAACCUUAUGACGCCUCUCGACAGCAGCAACAGCAACCGCCGCCACCGCAGCAGCAGCAGCAGCAGUACAACCCACCUCCGCUGCAGUCGCCCUACCAGACUGCCAACACCAGCCCGCAGGACCGUUCCAUGUACUCACAACAGGGUGCCUAUGUCAAGACCGAGAUGGGCCCACCUUCAAGUCGGCCGUCCAUCUCUGGGGCCCCUGGUGAGCAGGAGCAAAAGGCGCCCAGCGCCUACCACGGCCAGGGGAAUGAGCACGUUGCCCAAGGCGGGGGUGCUGCCGAGGACGAGGGCGAGCAUGAGCAUGAGACUGAGUACACGCACGACCGGACUACUUACGACAAUAGCAACAAUCAGUACAACUACAGCGCUCCCCAGCUCCCGUCGCUGCAGCAGUCGGAGCACCCUCACCUCUCGCCCGAGAUGGCCGGUGCGGCAGGCCACCAGGGUGCCUCGGGCCGGUCGACACCACGCAGCGCGGCGCCGCCUCAGGCAUACUAUCCUCAAUCUGGCUACAACACGCCGCCCCGUGGCGCAGCGCAGUCGGGCAUGUACAACGUGGUGAGCAACGACCGCGCCUCGACGAAUGGUACCAACGGUGGUGAUGUUUACGCAUCGCAGCCCGACAUGAAUAACACCAUGCACAAUGGUUACGCGCCUGCGCCACUGAGUGCCGGACUGAAGCGUGGUCGGGAUGACGAGGAUGAGCGACCUCUCAGCGGCGGCCCCGGCAUGGACAUCAAGCGUCGAAAAACGCUUGCUCUCGACCCGAACCCGGCACAGGUCUACCAGCCUCCGUCUGCGACAACUGCGCCCACACGGCGACGAUGA